AUGAGACAGGUGGGGGAGAUCAGGAAGGGGGAAGCUGAGGUCAGACAGGUGGGAGAGAUCAAGAAGGGAGAAGCAAAGAUCAGACAGGUUGGAGAGAGCAGACACGGGAGGGUGAUCAGGAAGGAGUUAAGUGAGAUCAGUCAUGUGGGGGAGAUCAGGAAGGAGUUAGGUGAGAUCAGACACGUGGAGGAGAUCAGGAAGGAGGUAAGUGAGAUCAGACAGGUGGGAGAGAUCAGACAGGUUGGAAAGAGAGCGAAGGAGGUAGGUCAGAUCAGACAGGUGGGAGGGACCAGGAAGGGGGAAGGUGAGAUCAGACAGGUGCAGGAGAUUACGAAGGGGGAAGCUGAGAUUAGACAGAUGGGAGAGAUCAAGAAGGGGGACAUCAGACAGGUGGGACAGAUCAGGAAGGCGUUAGUUGAGAUCAGACAGGUGGGACAGAUCAAGAAGGGGGAAGCUGAGAUCAGACAGGUGGGAGAGAUCAAGAAGGGGGACAUCAGACAGGUGGGACAGAUCAAGAAAGGGGAAGCUGAGAUCAGACAGGUGGGAGAGAUCAAGAAGGGGGUAAGUGAGAUCAGACAGGUGCAGGAGAUUACGAAGGGGGAAGCUGAGAUCAGACAGGUGGGAGAGAUCAAGAAGGGGGACAUCAGACAGGUGGGAGAGAUCAGGAAGGCGUUAGUUGAGAUCAGACAGGUGGGGCAGAUCAAGAAGGGGGAAGCUGAGAUCAGACAGGUGGGAGAGAUCAGUAAGGAGGUAUGUGAGUUCAAACAGGUGCAGGAGUUCAGGAAGGGGGAAGGUGAGAUCAGGCAGGUGGGAGAGAUCAGUAAGGAGGUAUGUGAGUUCAAACAGGUGGGAGAGAUCAGUAAGGAGGUAUGUGAGUUCAGACAGGUGCAGGAGUUCAGGAAGGAGGUAUGUGAGUUUAGACAGGUGCAGGAGUUCAGGAAGGAGGUAUGUGAGUUCAAACAGGUGGGAGAGAUCAGUAAGGAGGUAUGUGAGUUCAGACAGGUGCAGGAGUUCAGGAAGGAGGUAUAUGAGUUCAAACAGGUGGGAGAGAUCAGUAAGGAGGUAUGUGAGUUCAAACAGGUGCAGGAGUUCAGGAAGGGGGAAGGUGAGAUCAGGCAGGUGGGAGAGAUCAGUAAGGAGGUAUGUGAGUUCAAACAGGUGCAGGAGUUCAGGAAGGGGGAAGGUGAGAUCAGGCAGGUGGGAGAGAUCAGUAAGGAGGUAUGUGAGUUCAAACAGGUGCAGGAGUUCAUGAAGGAGGUAUGUGAGUUUAGACAGGUGCAGGAGUUCAGGAAGGAGGUAUGUGAGUUCAAACAGGUGGGAGAGAUCAGUAAGGAGGUAUGUGAGUUCAGACAGGUGCAGGAGUUCAGGAAGGAGAUAUGUGAGUUCAAACAGGUGGGAGAGAUCAGUAAGGAGGUAUGUGAGUUCAAACAGGUGCAGGAGUUCAGGAAGGGGGAAGGUGAGAUCAGGCAGGUGGGAGAGAUCAGUAAGGAGGUAUGUGAGUUCAAACAGGUGCAGGAGUUCAGGAAGGGGGAAGGUGAGAUCAGGCAGGUGGGAGAGAUCAGUAAGGAGGUAUGUGAGUUCAAACAGGUGCAGGAGUUCAGGAAGGGGGAAGGUGAGAUCAGGCAGGUGGGAGAGAUCAGUAAGGAGGUAUGUGAGUUCAAACAGGUGCAGGAGUUCAGGAAGGGGGAAGGUGAGAUCAGGCAGGUGGGAGAGAUCAGUAAGGAGGUAUGUGAGUUCAAACAGGUGCAGGAGUUCAGGAAGGGGGAAGGUGAGAUCAGGCAGGUGGGAGAGAUCAGUAAGGAGGUAUGUGAGUUCAAACAGGUGCAGGAGUUCAGGAAGGGGGAAGGUGAGAUCAGGCAGGUGGGAGAGAUCUAG